GUGGCAAUCACUCGUUGAUUUUUUUCGACUAAUCAUAAAGAUAUCGGCACCCUUUAUUUAAUUUUUGGUGCAUGAGCCGGAAUAGUUGGCACUGCUCUAAGUUUGCUUAUUCGGGCAGAACUAAGCCAGCCAGGAUCUCUUCUAGGGAAUGAUCAGAUUUAUAAUGUAAUUGUUACGGCACACGCUUUUGUAAUAAUUUUUUUUAUGGUAAUGCCUAUAAUAAUUGGAGGUUUUGGGAAUUGACUUAUUCCCCUGAUGAUUGGAGCCCCGGACAUAGCCUUUCCCCGUAUAAAUAAUAUAAGUUUUUGACUUCUCCCUCCUUCCUUCUUGCUUUUACUUACAUCUGCCGGUGUAGAGGCUGGGGCAGGUACCGGGUGAACUGUGUAUCCCCCCCUAUCUGGUAACUUGGCACACACAGGUGCAUCGGUGGAUUUAACAAUUUUUUCACUACACUUAGCAGGUGUAUCAUCUAUUUUAGGUGCUAUUAACUAUAUCAAUACAAUUUUUAAUAUAAAACCCCUGCAGAUAACCCAAUAUCAAAUACCUUUGUGUGUAUGAUCCGUUUUAAUUACUGCUUUCCUCCUCCUUUUAUCUCUCCCUGUCUUAGCCGCAGGAAUUACAAUACUCCUAACAGAUCGAAACCUAAACACAACUUUCUUUGAUCCAGCAGGCGGAGGAGAUCCAAUUCUAUAUCAACACUUAUUUUGAUUCUUUGGUCACCCAGAAGUAUAUAUUUUAAUUCUCCCAGGAUCUGGUAUAGUCUCACACGUUGUAACAUAUUAUUCUGGUAAAAAAGAACCUUUCGGUUAUAUGGGAAUAGUAUGGGCAAUGAUAUCAAUUGGUUUUUUGGGUUUUAUUGUUUGAGCCCAUCACAUAUUUACAGUAGGACUAGAUGUAGAUACCCGAGCAUACUUUACUUCUGCAACAAUAGUUAUUGCCAUUCCUACCGGAAUAAAAGUCUUUAGCUGACUCGCCACUAUCCACGGAGGCGCCUUAAAAUGAGAAGCCCCCUUUUUAUGAGCUUUGGGAUUCAUCUUUUUAUUUACGGUUGGGGGCUUAACAGGUAUUAUUUUAGCCAACUCCUCUCUAGAUAUUGUACUUCAUGAUACUUACUAUGUGGUAGCCCAUUUCCACUAUGUGUUAUCUAUAGGUGCUGUAUUCGCUAUUAUGGCCGGCUUCCUCCACUGAUUCCCAUUAUUUACUGGCUAUACGUUACAUGAAACAUGGGCAAAAGCUCACUUUACUGUAAUAUUCCUCGGUGUAAACUUAACCUUCUUUCCCCAACACUUCCUAGGACUCGCUGGUAUGCCCCGUCGAUACUCUGAUUACCCGGACGCCUACACCCUUUGAAAUACAAUAUCCUCUAUUGGCUCCCUUGUAUCAUUUACAGCAGUAUUAAUACUUUUAUAUAUAAUCUGAGAAGCCUUUGUUUCCAAGCGAGAAGUAUUAGCCGUAACUAUAGCAUCAACCAAUGUAGAAUGACUCCACGGCUGCCCCCCACCCUACCAUACAUUCGAAGAACCUGCUUUUGUACAAGUACAAAACCGAGCUCGAGAAAGG